AUGACCUCAGUUGCAGCAAUAUAAAACCUGUUGCAGCAAUUUUCACUGCCCUUUUUGCAUGGCAAGUGCAUUUAAGCAGACAAGACUGGACAAAUUUCAAUUGCAUCUCCAAAGCCACUCCAAGGCAGUUGUCAAUGGAGACAUAAACAUCUUAAGUUGUUUGUCAAUAGAUGUAGCACAAAUAUUUAUAUUUACUUUAAUUUUCACAGAUGUGGCUUGGGAUGUAGAGCACCACUCCAUUACCACUGUCUAUAUUAAGCAACUACAGUUUUAAGGAGAGAAGAUUUUGUAAAUCAUUCACAUGUUUGUAAACAUAAACAGCAUCCCACUUCAGCCAAAAUGCCACCAACCACCAGUGCAACAGUGCCCAUGCCAGCGGUCAGAGACACACCAACAACCACCAGUGAAACAGUGCCCACGCCAGAGACACACCAUCAACCACCAGUGCAACAGUGCCUACACCAGCAGUCAGAGACACACCAUCUACCACCAGUGCCAAAGCCAGCUGUCAGAGACACACAUUCAACCACCAGUGCAACAGUGCCCAGGCCAGCGGUCAGAGAAACACAAUCAACCACCAGUUCAACAGUGACAGCACCAGCAGUCAGACUGUGGGGUUGUCAUGUUAAUGGGAAGGUCACAAUUGAAGACAUUUUAAAAGGACAGAAGCCUUUGUUCAGCAGUCACUUCUAAGAGGAGAACAAGGCACUCCCAGCAGCAAUGAGGUAUGUGUCAAAUAUAGAAUACCAAUAAUUGCAUUAUUAUUUACUCUUCCCUAAUUAAGGAGCUACCAAUAAUUAAAGACCUCAAAACAGUUGUCAAAUGAUUGCAUGAGAAUAAACAGUUGUUCAGGGGCAAAGCUGAAAAGCCUCGUUUCCUACAAUUGGAAGAAGAGGACAAGGAAAGGUCCAUCCACAAUCUUUUUGAAGGACCAGAACUUUCCAGA